UUGUGAUCUAUGAUUGUUGAUAAAUGGCUCCAGUCCUGAUAAUUUUGCACCUUCACAUUGUCAACAACAACAAGAGACGAACAUGCAUUUAGAAACAAAACACAAUAGAACAACUUUAAUAAAAACAUUGUCAAUGGCUCAUUCAUUUCUAUUUUCUCUUUCCUCUCCGAAAUUCUGGGAGCUUUUCCAAUGGCGAUUUUUCAUGUGAAUUCUCAGCCUCCUUCUCGUAUCAAUCCUUCGUGAUUGAUUCAGUUCAAGAGUGGUUAUUCUUUUCCUGUAUUUCUUUUACUUCAUCUCUUUUCAAAUGACUUUCUCAUCAACAGUUAUUUUGGAAUCCAAAUCCUUUGAGUUAUCAAGGAACAUCAAAGGUAAAACAAAGGAUCUGAAGGUAUCGGAGAGAUAUAAGGGUAACAGUAAUUGGAUUUUUAUCCCUUAUGAUACUGUCAAUUGGAUUAUUCCUACUACAAAGGAAUUAGCGAAGACUACAGCAAAUCAAAAAUGGUCACACAGAUUUCAUCAGGUUUUGAUUCUUGUUGAAAUGCUUUCAAACAAGUUUGGGAGCUAUUUGAAAAUCACAAGAACUGCUGCGGAUUCAAAGCAAAGAUUUAUUUGUAUCCCUAAAGGAAAUGAUUAUUCUAUUUGUCUUUUUUUUUGGGCGUAUGUUUCUACAUCAGAUAUUUUAUCAUUGAACAAUUUUAAUUCAACACAAGAGGUUUCGAUGCCUGCAAAAGUGCAAGUUCCUCAAGCUGUUGUUUCUUCUACGAAGAAUGAUUAUUGUGCUUUAGGUAUUUCUGUGACGUUACUUAAUUCGCAUAUUUGUUGGAAUAAGAUUGGAUUACUGUUGGUUUUUCUAAACAUUCUGGAUGGUAGGAUGUCUUCAUGUGAAUUCAAAUAUGAAUUCUCCCUGCCCAAGACCAAUACCACUUAGUACCGGAUCAAUAUAUGGGCUGGAUGGGGGGAAGCCAGAGCUGUUGAUAAUUCAAUCCCCAAUGCUUCUCAGGAUUUUGAAAUUCAUAAUAUGGUAGACUUUCAUGUCUCUUUCAAUAAGCAACUGAGGAUUAAUUAUGAUAACCGAAUUUCAAGAUCGAUUUAUAAAGAUCUUCUGUUGCGGUUAAAACAAUCAUAAGAAGCUAACGAAGAUCUCGAUGGAUUGGGGGGGGGAGGUGAUUUGAUUCAGAUGAAGAUUUGAAUAUUGAAGCUGAAGGAAUUUCCAAAUCUUCAGCUGCAGUGGGGACUACUAAGGUAUGUAAUGGAUAUUAAGAGUAUGACUUGGAACGUUAGGGGUCUUCACGAUGAUCCAAAGAUUCAAUCAGUCGAAAAUGCUAUCAGGAAGAAGAAAGUUUCUCUAUGUGCUAUCCAAGAAUCGAAAAUGGAGUGUGUCACUGAUUCGUUAGUGCAUUCAUUAUGGGGUAGUAACAAAUGUGAAUAUGCUUUUCUUCCUUCGAAUGAAAGAUAUGGAGGCAUAAUUGUUCUACGCAAUGGUGGGGAUUUAAUCAUGGAGAAAUCUUUAUUGGGUGUUUUUUCUCUAACUAUUAGAUUCUGAAAUGUCAAAGAUGGUUUUGUUUGGAUUUGCACAUCUGUUUAUGGUGCUUCUGAUCCUUCAGAUUUUGCUCAAUUUCGGCAACAAAUUGCUGAUAUUAGAACUAUUAUGCAUGAGCCUUGGUGCAUAGAUGGAGAUUAAAAUACAAUUUUCACUCACUCAGAGAGAAAUAGAGAUGGAGGCAGAUUAAUUAAUAGAAGAAAGUUCAGGAAUAUUUUUAGAUACACAAAAUUUUAUAGAUCUGCCAAUGGCUGGAGGCAUAUUUACAUGGUCUAAUCUUCAAAAUCCUCCUAUUAUUUCAUGAUUAGAUAGGUUUGUUGUGUCUCCAGAUUGGGAAGCUAAAUGUCCUGCACUACUUCAGCCAAGAUUGGAGGUCAAGGUGCCGUUAACAUUCAAGGCGAAGACCAGAAGAAGCUCGAAGUUAUCUCCAAUGAGGUGUUCUCAAGCUGCUUGAGAUCAAGUGGAAGAACAGGGAUUAUAGCUUCAGAGGAAGAAGAUGUACCUGUUGCAGUGGAAGAGAGUUACUCUGGGAACUACAUUGUCGUAUUUGAUCCCCUAAACGGCUCAUCCAACAUCGACGCUGCUGUAUCAACUGGAUCCAUCUUUGGUAUCUACCAUCCUAACGACGAAUGUCUUGCUGAUUUUGGAGAUGAUGUAUCCGCUUUGGACCAAGAGAAGCAAAAGUGCAUAGUGAGCGUAUGCCAAACAGGGACCAACCUGUUGGCCGCAGGAUACUGCAUGUACUCGAUCUCCGUGAUUUUUGUGUUGUCCGUCGGGAAAGGUGUCUACUCCUUCACGUUGGAUUCCAUGUAUGGUGAGUUUGUGUUGACUCGAGAGAAAGUGCAGAUCCCCAAAUCAAGAAAGAUCUACUCUUUCAACGAAGGCAACUACCAAAUGUGGGACGACAAGCUGAAGAAGUACAUUGAUGAUCUCAAAAUCCCGGAUCCAAAGCCAUAUUCAGCACGUUACAUUGGUAGUCUUGUAGGUGAUUUCCAUAGGACAUUGCUUUACGGAGGGAUAUAUCUUGUGUGAAAAUCAACAAAAUAUUUCAGGUCAUUUUUACAAAAACAAAAA